GUGUUUCCUCGUUCUCAACGUUCGGUCGAGCGGAGGGUGUUCCUAGUCCACCAAAUCCGGUAGCGCCCACAAGGUGGCAUCGACGCGUCGACUACGCGGGCCGCGUCACCUGUGUACGAGUCUUAAACCACACCCGACAAAGGAUUAGUACACUGUUCCAUCCAAACCACCAUGAAUUCUUUUGUUAGCCGUUUCGCAUCUACAGGACACGACGUUGAACUCCGAAAGGCCAGGGAGGCUUUUGGAGAUGAAGAUGAAUCCUUAGAGAUGUGGGGUUCUCAAGCAGGAUUUGGUCCUCUUUCCAAGGGUGUACCUUCAUUCUCUGUACCCGCUGUCCCAGAUCCCUCUGCAUUCCUCAGGCUACACACAGAUGACCACGCAGACCCUUCAUGCAGAAUCAAGAUCAAGCACGGAACGACUACCUUGGCAUUCAGAUUCCGGGGAGGUGUUAUCGUCGCAGUGGACUCACGAGCGACCGCUGGAAGCUACAUUGCGUCUGGGACUGUAAAGAAAGUGAUCGAGAUCAACCCAUACUUGCUCGGUACAAUGGCAGGUGGUGCAGCUGACUGUCAGUACUGGGAAACAUAUCUCGGCAUUCAGUGCCGCUUGCACGAACUUCGCAACCGGGAACGUAUCUCAGUUUCAGCGGCAAGUAAAUACUUGAGUAAUUUGGUCUACAGUUACAAGGGGAUGGGACUCAGCAUGGGAACCAUGAUCUGUGGUUGGGACAAGACAGGACCUGCGGUGUUCUACGUUGACUCUGAUGGCACUCGCUUGAAGGGUGACGUCUUCUCCGUCGGUUCAGGAAGCACGUUCGCAUAUGGUGUCCUUGACCAGGGGUACCAUUGGGAUCUCACUGAUGAAGAAGCGCAGGAGCUAGGCAGAAGAAGUAUCUAUGCUGCUGGUCACCGUGAUGCCUACUCCGGUAACACCAUCAAUCUCUACCACGUUAAAGAGGAUGGUUGGAAGUUCAUCGGCAACUACGAUGUCUCCGAGAUGCAUUACGAGGGACCAGCUGGUGUUGGAUAUGGGUACGAAAUUCGAACCGCCGGCAAGUCAUCUGCGAACCCUCCGCCAGAGCCAGAAUCGCAGACUGCGCAGACGUAGACGUAGCACAUUUGUCCAUUUGUACUGUAUUGAUGUUUCUGUUAUUCGCCCUCGAGCACCAUUUUUCUGCAUUAUUUCUUCCGCCUCUUGCCUACCUGCGUGUUUUAUCUUGGGCGUCUAAUCAUCAGGGCAUACAAUUGAUGUCAUACUUGUUACGAUCACUUUCAUUUCGGAUCUACGAACACACCUUUCCCUCUCGUUAUUCAUUUGUAACCACUUAUUAAAACCUGCCCAAACACAUUCAUUGAUCCAU